AUGCCCUUCGGGAUAACCAACGCGCCAGCGACGUUCCAGAGAGCAAUGGAUAUCCUGCUCUCCCCGUUCCGUUGGAAAUGCUCUUUGGUGUAUCUAGACGACAUAAUAAUUUUUAGCAAUUCCUUCCUGGGGCUUUGCAAUGUCUACCGCAGGUUUGUUCCGCAUUAUGAGAAAAUUGCGCAGCUUCUAAACCAACUACUGAAGAAAGGACAACCGGUCCAGUUGGAAGGAUUCGACGAACCGUGCAAGAAAGCUUUUCAUAAGCUCAAUGACGCCAUUCUGGCACCGCCGGUGUUGGCGCUGCCGAAGAAGGGCCUACUCUACUCGGUAGACACCGAUGCAAGCGAUUAUCAAAUCGGCGCUGCAUUAUUUCAAACGCAUCCGGAUGCGCAACGUAAACUCAUCGGGUUCUUUUCAAGAACGUUAGCCGCAGCCGAGAUAAACUAUUCUGUAUCAGAAAAUGAAUGUCUAGCGGUAAUUUGGGCCGUACAGACUUUAAGACCAUAUCUAUAUGGCGAGCACUUCAUUGUGCAUACCGACCAUGCCUCAUGGAGGUGGUUGAUGAACGUAACCGACCCCAGUGGGAGAUUAAUCCGAUGGAGGCUACGCCUCUCGGAAUUUGAUUUUGAAAUCAAGUACAAAAAGGGAAAGGCCAACAACCAGGCGGAUGCUUUGUCAAGGUUACGGACAGCAGGAGAAACCGUCGACGAAAUCGACGACGAAAUCCCAUGCUUUAUGGCCGAACCGGCCGAGGAUACAGUGGAGGACGAGGAAAGUUUUGACGCGAUAGACGACAUCCUCGCUCUUGAGGAGUGGACCGCCCCUGACCGCCUCGAUCAAUUCCAAGCUUUUGUACAAGUGGUGAUACCACAAUCGUUAACGGACCGCGUCCUAGGGGUAAGCCAUUACGCAAAAUUGGCAGGCCACUCGGGAGGCAGGAAACUUUACAAGACAUUGAGAAGAUAUUUUUACUGGCCUACGUUGGCUCUAGACUGCUAUGCAGUCGCAAAGAAUUGCGCCGCAUGUGCGCGGGAAAGGGUGAAGUUAAGAAAAAACACGAAGGAAUUGAAGCUGUUCACGCCCAAAGCUCCGCUGGAGUUUGUCGCCAUCGACAUCCUCGGCGAGCUAAUUACAACCAAACGAGGAAAUCGGUAUACUCCCGUGAUCAGCGAUCAAUACUCAAAACUGGUGCGAACCGUGCCGUUGAAGAAGAUAUCAGCUGCGCACAUCGCACAAGCCUUCGUUCACCAUUGGGUAUUCGUGUACGGACCGCCGGUCAAGCUGUUGUCCGACAAUGGAACACAGUUCACGGCCCGGUUCUUUCAGAACGUCUGCCAAAUUCUCGGUAUACGCAAUCCCUAG